AUGUCAUCACGAUCAAAUUCUCCGUCGAAAACCUUAACGGAAAACAUUGACAAGUCAUUUUCGCCAAUAAAAAUUAAUCUUACUGCUACUGAUGAUAAUUCACCAAACAAACUGAUUAUCCAUCACAAAACUCCGCUGCGGAUCGUCCAUCAUCCUCAUGGAUUAUCUGCAAAACAUGAAGCACGUAGAAAUACUAUUGGUUAUAGUAACAGCAUUAAACGAAGGGGAUUAGUUCAUACACCAUUAAUACCUCCAGGGUCAGUUAGGAAUCCAAUUACUUCCCCAAGGUUGGCCGUUAGACCACCAAUAAAUUUAGAAAGUAUAAAAAGAACCAAUCAAAAAAUGGCUCAGCAGAUUAAAUUGGCAUUUCCUGCUAAUAACGACGACGAUAAAGAAAAUGAAUUGCAUUUGGAUUUAUCUUCUGACCCAGACGAAGAUUAUAGUUCUCCGAUAAAAAGGCACACAAGACCUCGUAAUGAUGGUGACGAUGACAAUGAACAUAGUGAACAUUUGAGUAAAAUUCCAAAAUUGUCAAGACCCAGCGAAGAGAAACAAACGUUACCGGAAACUGAUACAAAUGAAGUUGAAGAAAUAAAGUCAAUUGAGGACAAUCUGAUAGAAGAAAACAACAGAUCUAACUUAGCUAUUGAGGAAGAAAAUGACAAUGACAGUGAUAAUGAAGAAGAUGAUGAUGAUAUUACAAAAGAGAGUCGUGGCUCUACUGUGUAUCAUCAGAAUCAAACCCUCGAUAAUACUCAAAUAAGCAAAAUUAUUCGAGAAGAUCUCAAGCUUGAUUAUAUUACUCCUGAAAGAGCAACUGAAGCGGUUGCACAAAGUCCCCAUCCACAUCAUCAACACAUUAGACUUAUAGAAGAAGAUAAAACUGAAGAUUUUGGGAAAUUUAAUGAUACUACUAGUCCUUUGAAAACUAGAAACCAAGACGAGAAUGAAUUUGAUGACGAAACUGCUAAUCUCACUUUGCUGCGACAACUUGAAAAUGAACCUACAAUUAAUUUUUUAAUGUCACCAAACUCAAAACCAGUCUUUUCAAAAGAUCAAGUUAAUAAAAUUCAAAAGGAACACGAAUCCAAAGUAGAUACAUUAUUGCAACAGUUGAAUUCACGAGAUGAUAAAAUUAAGCAAUUGUAUGAUGAAUUAGCAAAAGUGAAUGAACAAUUGAUUUCAAGUCAGAAAGAACAAAGAGCUUUAAAUGAUGAAAAAAGCAAAUUGGCCAAUUCGGAAAACUUGUUAACAAUUCAAUUACACCACAAUGAAAGAGAACUAGCUUCAUUGACUAAAAGUUUUAGACUCAAAGAAAGUUCACUUAAUAAUUUGAAACGUAAAUUGAAUGAACAAAAAGUGAGCAUUGAUGAAACACGUCAUGAAAAUGAUACUUUGAAAUCAAAAAUAAAUGAAUUACAAUCACUUGAAAGAGACUUGAAGGCUGAAAUAGUGGAAACAAGCAAUUCCAAUAUUGAAAGUACAUUGAAAUUAGAUCAAGUAAUAAAGGAAAAAGAGGAAUUGUGGAUUAAAAAUCAAGAAUUGAAUGAGAAAUUACAAAGUUUUGAAUCCAAUUCAAGUUCUAAAUAUGAUAAAUUAAAGGAUGAGUAUGAAGAUUUACUGGAAAGAAAUCAAACUUUGGUUGAUGAUAACAAAAGAUUAGAAACAGAAAAAUUUGAAUUAGAAGACAAAACCAAAAAACUAGAAGCAGUUAAUCAAAAAUUAAAGGAUGAUAAUACCAAUAAUGAAAAUUUGAUUAAAGAAUAUGAAAAAGUGGCAACAUCGAGAAUUGAAGAGUUGGAGUCGGAAAGAGAUUCUACAAUUGAAGAAAUUUCCAAGCAUAAACAAAUUGUACAUGAUUUAGAAACACAAGUUGAAAACUUAAAACAACAAUAUAAUGACAAAGAGAAGACCAAUAAAGAACUCGAAUCGAGAAUUGAGGAACUUGAAUCUAAAUCAGUUUCUAAUGAUGAGUUACAAGAAUUGAAAAGAAAAAUUGAUGCAAAGGAUAAAGAAAUUGAAACCAAAGAAAAAACCAUUGAGGAUUAUUUAUCUAAGAUGGAUGAUUUAGUGGAUCAUAUCAAACCAUUGAAAAAGGAAAAUGAGGACUUGAAACAAGAACAACAAAAACUUAUUCAAGAGGUUUCCUCAUUAAAAGAUAAAUUAGAAAAGAGUAAGAUACAAGCCGAUGAAGACUUAGAUAAAUUGAGCAAAUAUUUAUAUGCUGAAUAUGCCGCUAAACAUAUCAAAAAAUUAGAAGGGAUUAUUAAAGAGAAUAAAAAGUUGGAAAGAGAACUUGAAUUUUAUAAAAUGAAAUUGGAAAAAGCUAAUAAGGAAGCAGAAUUGUUAUCGGAACGUAAAGUUUCAUCAUCAUCAAAAACUGCUCUUAGUCCUAAAAUCACAGCAGCACCUAAAAACCGGGGCAAACAUUAA